AUGGGUGCUCAUGGUUCUGAACUUGUGGAAUUUAUGGCAUACCAAUUGAAAGAUGUUGCUCAUGCUUGGUUCAAAUUGUUCAAACCUUUUCUUGAUCGUUUCAUUAUUGUCUUUAUGGAUGAUAUUCUGGUGUAUUCGAAGAGUCGUGACGAAUAUGCAGAUCAUUUGAGAAUAACCUUAACAACGCUGGAGGAGAAUAAGCUUUAUGCAAGAUUUUCCACGUGUGAGUUCUGGCUUAACUCUGUGGCUUUCUUAGGCUAUGUGGUGUCUAGUGAAGGUAUUAAGGUUGACCCUAAAAAAAUUUCGACAGUCAAGGACUGGUCGAGGCCUAUGAGUGCUACAGAUAUUCAUAGCUUCUUAGGUUUGGCAAGUUACUAUCAGAAGUUUGUGGAAGGUUUUCCAUCUAUAGCUUCACCACUGACGAAACUGACUCAGAACACUGCUAAGUUCCAGUGGUCUAAAGGCUGUGAAAAGAGCUUUCAAGUGCUUAAGGUGAGAUUAACUUUUGCUCCUGUUUUGACUCUACCUUCAGGGUCUGGUGAUUAUGUAGUUUAUUGUGAUGCUUUAAGAAUUAGUUUGGGUUAUGUGUCGAUGCAGAAUGGUAAGGAGAUCGCCUAUGCUUAG